AUGCGCAGCUUGCUCGUCUUAGCCGUUGUUGUAGCCUCUUGCCUGGCUGUGGUGAUUCCACGAUCACAAGGAAAUGUCAUCGAAUGCGUUAUGUGCAAAAUAGCCGUACGUGUCGCUGCUCCGAUGAUCGGAAAGGAUACGGUGGAAAUCGAGCAGAAAUUCGACAAGGAGUGUAAGAAAGAACUCAAGGAUAUUCCUGAAGGACCCAGAGAAUGUGAAAAAUAUGUCAACGAACAUCUCGAUCCUAUUAUUCAUGAGCUCGAAUCUGGAACAGCUCCAAAAGACGUCUGCACAAAGCUUCAUGGAUGUUAA